CUUGCGUUUGACCCCCGUUAUCAGGUGAGCACUUUAGUUUCUGAGAUGUAAACACUCUUACGGUUCGGUCUCCAGCAGCAUAAAUAGGCUGCAGGUCGCUGCUACUCUUACUGAUAGAUGAAGAACUGAAGACAUGGAUCCUAAAAAGUUUGAUGCAGAGCCCGGAGACCUGAUUGAGAUCGACCGUGGGAUAUAUAAUCACUGGGCCCUCUACAUCGGUGGAGAGGAAGUUGUUAAUUUCGCUCUUCCAGAUGAUGAUAUUGCCUGGAAAAGCCCCAAAGGACAGGUGAAGCGUGAGAAGAUCUGGAAAGUGGUCGGCAAUGAUAAAUUCAAGAUCAACAACCUCCUAGAUAACAAGUACCAGCCUCGUGAGCGUGACAUCAUCGUGAAGGAUGCCGUUAGGAUGGUGGGUCUGGAGCUGCCGUACCAUCUCAUCUCUUGCAACUGCGAGCACUUUGUCACAUACAUGCGCUACGGCAUUCCAGAGUCAACACAGGUUGCCGAAGCAGCUAAGACUGCAGAUAGACUUCUAGGUGUGGGGAUUUCAUUUCUGGAUGCUCUGAAUGAUUUCUUCCAUAAAGAUGCCAACAAAGAAGAAAGGAGAUAACCAAGGAGAUAACCAAGGAGAGAACCAAGGAGACAUUACAAUUGGCAUUAAUGAGACAGCAAGAUGGAAGUAAAGAUCCUGCUAUUGUUUGAUUGUUUUGAUUUGUCAAUUCCCCUGGCAGUGAUUAUGAUUUAAACAUUGUUAAUUAACUAUUGUCUUUGUUGGUGUAUUGCUAUCAACACACACACACACACACACACACAUAUACAAACAUACAAAAAUGGACACACACACAACUUUCGAUAAGAUUAGGCAAGCUUUUGUGGAGAAAAAUGAAGUUAUAGGUGAAUCCAUGGCUGUUAUGUUUGAUAUUAGUGCUCGUUGGGUAGGUUGACCCCAUGGUUGUCUGUUUAAUGUCUGAAAUGUAUAAAAUGACUAAUUUGGCAUAUAAAACAAUUUGUAUGAUUCUUUUAAAUCAAGUGAAAAUUGAAGUUGUCAUAUUGUAUUGAUUUGUGUAAAAAAUAAACAGAUUUUCUUUUUAA